AUGAUUGACAAGUUCCAGAUCUAUCUCAAUCGAGCGUUCCCCAUUAAGCACCGAGAUGGUGUUCGUGAUCUACCAUCUUGUCCAUACCAAUGGCCUGACGGGCAGGGCGAUGCGGGCAAAUUCCUCUCGGGGAUCGAAAAUUCCGCUCUGUGGGAGAGCAAAUAUGGGAGCGUGUACCGUAUCUGGGCAGGAAUGAAGCCGGAAAUUGUGUUGACGAGGCCCCAUCAGCUGUCGGGCAUCUUUGGUGAUUCCGAUAAGCACAUCAAGGCUGCUGCGAAUGAUUCGGGAGCAUACAUGGAUCAAUUGCUCGGAAAGUGCAUUGGGCUCAUCAGCGGAGCAGCUUGGAGAAGGGUCAGAGCCAUUACCGAGACUCCAUUCGGAUACCGGACCGUCUCGGCCAGGCUGACUCAUAUUGAGAGUCAUGUUAUCCAGCAUUUUGACGGCCUCCAUAGGACUGGCAGGCUGGGGCAAGGAGCUUUGCAUCCGGCCGAGGACAUGAAGAUGUUGCCGUUCUGGAUAGUUUGCGAGCUAUUCUACGGCCAACUGCCACCAGAGCUGGUCGGGGAGCUCGUCCAACUUGCCCCUCUCCGAGAGCACAUAUUUCACCACGUCGUCCAAGGUGGGUUGACCCGAUUCGCCUGGUCUAAAUGGCUACCCAUAAGGGCAAACACCGAGCUGCGGGCCUUUCAACGCCGCUGGAGGGCCUUCAAUGCAGCGGCCCGAGGCUACGCUCAGACCCACGAUGCCACCGCACCGAUACUUCGCAUGUAUGAGGCUCUGGACCGCGGAGACAUCAGCGAGGAUGAGCUAGUGCAGACCCUCGACGAAUCGCUUUAUGCCAACCUUGACGUUACAACGGGGGCACUUUCUUGGAACUUAGUCUUCUUGGCAGCCCACCAAGAUGUCCAGGAGCGACUGCGAACAGAAGUGCAGCUUGCGUUGCGAGAAGACCGGAUGGCCGAGUAUGUGUGUAGUGACUCGACCUACCUUGCAGCGUGUGUGCUCGAGUCUAGCCGCCUGAAACCACUCGCUGCUUUUAGCGUUCCGCAAGCAGCACCCACUACGCGCGAAGUCGACGGAUACAUGAUCCCGGCCCGGACCAACAUCAUUGUCGACUCCUACGCUUUGAAUAUCCAGAGCGACACAUGGGCUCCGGACAAUGCCACCUAUCGGCCGGACCGGUUCCUCGAAAAGCGAGGCGCAGAGCUCAGGUACCGUUUCUGGAGAUUUGGCUUCGGCCCACGGCAGUGUAUGGGCAAGUACGUCGCAGACUUGACAAUUAGGCGGACUCUGGUACAUAUUGUGCAAGGAUAUGACUUGGGUUGGCUAGACAAGGAAGACUGGGCCCGUAAGGAUGACACCUGGAUCACACAUCCCGAUUUCCUACUGAAGUGUACUACGAGGAAGAGGUGA